UCAUUUGUAUCAAAAUACAAGAAUUGCGGAAGAGGUUAAUAUAAUAUCUCAUGACGUUCCCGAAUGUUUGAGUUUUGUUAGCAAUGUGAAUCCAGCAUAAUUCUGUAUGUCGCGAUUUCAUUGCUAGCUAUAAAGAUUAUUAUUAUACGAAAGAAUAGAGGAUAAUUGUAUUUGUCUUGACUACUUAAUAUUGAUUAGUAAAAAACACUAAACCAAGAAUUUAAGAGAAAAAUCUCUGAAAAGUAAAUGCUGUCGUGUAAUAAGAAACCAAGGACAUCAAAACCUAAAUGUUCUCAACUAAAAGGCAACUAAUAAAACGUACAGGAAAGAAUGGUAUUGGGCGUUACGAUUUUUUAAAACUCCUAGCUACCGAGUAUAAAACGACCAAAUCUAAAGAUGCAAAGGAGCAAACAUUGGCAAAUUUAGCAAACUUUGCCUACGAUCCUAUAAAUUAUGGUUAUAUAAGACAACUACAAAUAAUCGAUUUAUUUUUGUAUGCUUUGUCUGAAAAUAAUCCAAGAUUAGUACGUUUUGCCAUCGGUGGUAUUUGCAACUUAAGCUUAGAUCCAAUAAAUAAACUAUAUAUAUUACGCAAUCGAGGUGUUGAAUUAAUAUCAGCGCUGCUUUCUUCCGAGGAUGAAGACAUUUUACUCUCAGCAAUUUCUUCCUUGAUGUUUUUGAUUACAUCUGAUUCAAGAAGCAAAAUAAUAUCACCCGAAAUAAUUAAACAAAUAACUUCCAAAGUAAGAUCAUUUGCUAAUACAACGACCAAGAAUUUGAGAGAAGGGGAUCAAGUGUCAGUUUUUAAAAUAAUAACGAAUGACGACAUACUCAAGUUUGCUGAAUUGACUGGUGAUUAUAAUCCCAUACACACUGAAUCAGCAAGAAAUAUAGCACACGGUGCUUUACUCAAUGGUUUAGUGUCAGGUUUAAUUGGGACAAAGUUACCCGGAGCAGGUACUGUAGUUAUUGAACAAAAUCUCACAUUUCCUAAACCCUGUUAUGCUGGUGACACUGUAGAAGUUACAGUAAAAAUUGUAUCGGCCAAAAUGUACUUAGCAUUGGUGAUGAUGGCUCUUUGCAUAUCAUAUUCUCAUGCAGAAAAAAAUAGUACCGUUUCAAACAUUGUUAAAUCAUCUACGAAUUCACAUGAACAAUCAGUCGGUUGUGUCUGCGCUGUAUUUCUAAGUGGACAAUUUAAAAAAGGGAGCAAGGAACAACCUAAAGGGUAUCCUGCACUCUUCCACGAGCAUCCUGAUCCACUUCCAUGUACUGCUAUUGGAAAUAAGCUCUGCACCAGCAAAUGUCUUGACGCUAUAGUGAGACAUUUACCAAACAGUCAGGCAAUGCUUUGUGCUUCUAUAGACCGUGAUUGUUAUAAAGAAAGGGCUCAUCUUUUCAUGAAGAACUGCAAAGAUGAAUGGAUAAAUACCAAUCUUUCUGCAGGUAGAGAAUAUUGUUGUAAAGAUGGCUUGCCAUAUAAAUGUUAAUAAUGUAAAUUUAUGACAGACACUUUUAUAUAAUAAAAUUGUAAUAAAUUGAUUAUUCAAA